CUCUACAUCAUAGAAACGCAACCAGAUGUUGCAAAGGCUCUUGAGGGUCGUCCGCCGCUGAUAAUCCAAGGUCUCUGUCUGACACCCGGACUGUCCAUUCUCAACUGGUGUGAUUUGGCCAUUCACACUUACUUCCUAGUCUACUUCCUCCUUCGGCUUGGAGCUGCAGUAGAUCGAAAUAUGUUCUUCUUCAAGAUCACAUCGUUGGUUGAUGUGCUUACAAUAUGUGGAUCUUACGUUGCCGCCUUUCAACCGCGCUAUCAUCUCGAUCUUGGAUUUUUACGGGCUCUGAACAUAUUCAACUUUGGCGAGGUGCUAAACUAUAUGGGCAUCCUCUCGUCUAACCAUGUCAUUGAGACAGUCGAUGUCUUCUUCAUCAUGUUCGCCAUGUGGAUGGUUGCCAGUGGUCUAAUUCAUUUGAUCAUCCAUCUUGGCGAUUUCUGGGAAGAGGACCACAAAGCUCUACAGUGGAAUUACCUCGACUGCUGUUAUUUUCUUCUGGUUACCAUGUCUACUGUUGGUUUCGGUGACUUCUAUCCAGUUACAAUACUCGGAAGGCUUUACAUCUGCGUCUUCAUUCCCGUUGCCAUUGUGAGUCUGCGGAUGUAG